AUGACUUCGUCGUCGCUCGUGAGGCUCUCCUACUUUGGGAAGCCGGCCAGUCCUACAAGAAUCAGUUACCCGGGGAUGUCCUUGCAAGAACGGCUCGGGAAAGACCAAAACGAGAAUACCGGGCGCCAGUUGGGUGUUAUCCGCACGGACGUUCUCUCGGGCGAUGCCAUCUUUGGCUCAACCGUCCUCGAUAGCGAAGGUUGA